AUGGUAGAACAACAACAAUAUAUCUCCCCUGGUCUGCCGCAUUCGGAUGUUCUUUUAGAAGCCCCCAACUUGACCGACGGCGCCCGCUCAUCAUCGACGUCUUCCUACUACUCGACGGUCACUUCGUUCAACCUCCCACCGCAGUGCGACGCCAACCUGCUUACCCCCAUCUCUGCCUCGGGCUCUCCGCCUCUGCAGCACAUGCGCAAGUUGAUGGGCCAGUACCCUCCUCCCCCCGGCAGUCCCCAGGCCCAAGAACCAACGCCCCCCGGAAGCUCCAGAAUGUAUCACCACUGGAAUCACCAGUUCGACAUCAACGGCCAGCCCAGCUCCACCAGCUCGCCCAUGGGCACUCCGGGCCACGUCGCACAUGAUUUCUACAUGACGGGCGAGCGCAGGACUCCCGGGCCCCCGGAGCCAUACCUGGGCAUGUACAACGUGUCGGAGCCUGAUCCCCAGCAUCUGCCCAACCCGGAGCCGCCCUACUUGAUGGACGUGGCCCCCAUGGGCGGCCAGAACCACAUGAUGGUGCGCGAUCAUCAACACAUGGCGGUGGAUCCUCAGCACCGCGACCUGAACCGCACCCUCCUCUCCUCUGGCCCUCUCCUGAGCGAUCCUCCCCCGCACGCUCGUCACAUUCGCCGCCUCAGCACGGGGCGUCCUGCCGUCGAGAACCACCGGUCCUCGAGCGGCUCGCCGCGCCGCCGCGGCGUCCCUUGCGCAAACAGAGUCAAGAAGCCGAGGACGUCGAGGCGCCAGUCUGCCUCUCUGCGCAGCCACCCGCCGACUGACCCGUCCGAGGAGCACAAGAACUGCCUCGGGAACGAAGUGCCCCCUACCCUCAAGAGCACCUGCCCCGACGAGGAGCGGUGCAUCUUUGAGUCGCGAUGGCGCCAUCGCCACCAGAGGGGGCAGGACAUGUGGGACAGCAUCCAGACCGACUUUUCCAAGCGUUUCAACAAGACGCAUGGCAAGGAGAUGCUUCAGAUGAAGUUCAAGCGCGCUCGCUCAAAGUACAUUGAGUGGCUGCCCAGGGAUGAAGAACUACUCCGCGAGGCUUGGAAGCGGAUGGAGCGAGAUCGAUACCAAACCCUGCUCGAAACCUUUGUCGAGAUGGGCGGAUCGCGGAACAUGCGCCUCAACGCCAGCGACAUCGAAGUCAAGGUGGUCAACGACAUGAAGCUGGAGGAGCACCUGUACAUGGAGAACUUUCGCGAGCUGGAGAUCCGCCGGCGGCGCAAGGUGCCCGCCAAGAAGCGGCAAAACGGCCACCACGACGACGUGACGGCGGCCGAGGACCUGAUGGUGUCGGACCCGCGCGUGGCGACGCACAACGAGGAGGACGUCAUCAACCAGGUGCACACCCGGCGCGACAUGCGGUGGGAGACGGACUCGUCGGCGCACAGCGAGAUCGUCGACCUGCCCGUGUGGGAGAACCGCGCGCCCAUGAAGAUGGAGCCGCCGUCGUCGCUCAGAAUGGCCAGUGGUCGCGGCGUGUACGGCGCGCCCAAGUGA